CGCCCGGCCUCCCCGCGCCCUGCCCUCCGCGCCGGGGGCCGCCCGCCGCAGACACGGGACCUGCUCCGAGGCCGCCUUGGCGCCAACCCCGGAGGUACCACGCACACAGACCCCUCAGCCGGAAUCUCCAGGGAUGACCAGCCCCUCCCCACGCAUCCAGAUAAUCUCCACCGACUCAGCGGUAGCCUCACCUCAGCGCAUUCAGAUCGUGACAGACCAGCAGACGGGACAAAAGAUUCAGAUAGUCACCGCAGUGGACGCCUCCGGAUCCUCCAAACAGCAGUUCAUCCUGACCAGCCCAGAUGGAGCUGGAGCUGGGAAGGUGAUCCUGGCUUCCCCGGAGACAUCCAGUGCCAAGCAGCUCAUAUUCACCACCUCGGACAACCUUGUCCCUGGCAGGAUCCAGAUCGUCACGGAUUCUGCUUCUGUGGAACGUUUGCUGGGGAAGGCAGACGUUCAGAGGCCCCAGGUGGUGGAGUACUGUGUGGUCUGUGGUGACAAAGCCUCUGGCCGUCACUAUGGGGCUGUCAGUUGUGAAGGUUGCAAAGGUUUCUUCAAACGGAGCGUGAGGAAAAAUCUGACCUACAGCUGCCGGAGCAACCAAGACUGCAUCAUCAACAAACACCACCGGAACCGCUGUCAGUUUUGCCGGCUAAAAAAGUGCUUAGAGAUGGGCAUGAAAAUGGAAUCUGUACAGAGUGAGCGGAAGCCUUUUGAUGUGCAACGGGAGAAGCCAAGUAAUUGUGCUGCUUCAACUGAAAAAAUCUAUAUCCGGAAGGACCUGCGAAGUCCUCUGAUAGCCACCCCCACAUUUGUGGCAGAUAAAGAUGGAGCAAGACAAACAGGUCUUCUUGAUCCAGGGAUGCUUGUGAACAUCCAGCAGCCUUUGAUACGUGAGGAUGGUACGGUUCUCCUGGCCACGGAUUCCAAGGCUGAAACAAGCCAGGGGGCUCUGGGCACACUGGCAAAUGUGGUGACCUCCCUUGCCAACCUAAGUGAAUCCUUGAACAAUGGUGACACUUCAGAAAUCCAGCCAGAGGACCAGUCUGCAAGUGAGAUUACUAGGGCAUUUGAUACCUUAGCUAAAGCACUUAAUACCACCGACAGCGCCUCGCCUCCAAGCCUGGCAGAUGGGGUAGAUCCCAGUGGAGGAGGGAGCAUCCACGUCAUCAGCAGAGACCAAUCAACACCCAUCAUUGAGGUUGAAGGCCCCCUCCUUUCAGAUACUCACGUCACAUUCAAGCUGACAAUGCCCAGCCCGAUGCCCGAGUAUCUCAAUGUGCACUACAUCUGCGAAUCUGCGUCCCGACUGCUCUUCCUCUCCAUGCACUGGGCUAGGUCAAUCCCAGCCUUCCAGGCACUUGGACAGGACUGCAAUACCAGCCUGGUGCGGGCCUGUUGGAACGAGCUCUUCACCCUUGGCCUGGCCCAGUGUGCCCAGGUCAUGAGUCUCUCCACCAUCCUGGCGGCUAUUGUCAAUCACCUGCAGAACAGCAUCCAGGAAGAUAAGCUUUCUGGUGACCUAAAGCAAGUCAUGGAGCACAUCUGGAAGCUGCAGGAGUUCUGUAACAGCAUGGCAAAGCUGGAUAUAGACGGCUAUGAGUACGCAUACCUUAAAGCUAUAGUUCUCUUUAGCCCCGAUCACCCAGGUUUGACAGGCACAAGCCAGAUUGAAAAAUUCCAAGAGAAGGCACAGAUGGAGUUGCAAGACUAUGUGCAGAAAACAUACUCAGAAGACACCUACAGAUUGGCCCGGAUUCUUGUCCGUCUGCCGGCACUCAGGCUCAUGAGCUCCAACAUAACAGAAGAGCUUUUUUUUACUGGUCUCAUUGGCAAUGUUUCAAUAGACAGCAUAAUCCCAUACAUCCUCAAGAUGGAGACAGCAGAGUACAAUGGUCAGAUCACAGGGGCCAGUCUAUAGUGCACGCCACGACCUGCUGACAAGAGACGACAGCCCUGCCAGGACCGUGCAGACACAGGGAAGUAAAAGUAAUGGUACCUUGGGAUGUGCAAAUAUCUCCAGCGUGUUAGCCACUUCCUGCCUGGUGUCCUCUUACCUGUUAAUCCCAGACAAUAGCAACUAAAAGACUAGUAGGAUCUUUUCCUGCCAUAAGAAAUGUUUUAAUGCCUUUUGAUGAAGCAGAUUUUGGAACAAUAUUUUAACUCAAUUUGUAUCUAGAAAUCCUCAAAGGGCAAAAAACAAAAAUGAGGUUUUAUAAUGUCAGAGACUAGUAUUAAAGAAAACUAAAAGAACCUAAGAGAACAGUAUGUGUGUAAAUAUAUUAAAAAUGUCCUUGGAAUUAAUAGUUACUAAUUACCAGGGUAACAUUAGCACUUUCUAAGCACUUCUUAUAAAAUUUGUAAUGUUAAAAACACCUUGCCUGUGGGCAGGGCAAAUGGAAAACUGUCUUUUGCCGAAAUGCUGAUUAUUGUGAAAGCUCACGAGCGGUGAGGAGACAAUCAUUGGUGUUAAGGAGAGGACGGCACUCCUAACUGUGUGCACCUGGCAGCAUUGAGCGAAACUCCUGUGAAGGAAAUGUGGCUUAUUGGUGUUGUGCCUCAGUGCAAGGGUGGUAGUGGCACAAUCAGUGGUGACACUAACCAGGAGCUGCCAGCACAGCAUCCUGGUCUGUAAUGGGUGUCUGCAUGUUCUUCCAGAACUGGGCUCUCCUCUAAUGGCUGCCUUUCAGAAUUGGACUGCAGCUUGUCAGGCUUACCUGCCAAGUGGGUUGUGUGAUCCUUCCAGUGACUGAAAACACAUCCAUGUCCUCUCUCCCACUCAUGGCAGCUGGGACUUUUUGACCAAAAAGUGCAGGGUGGGCAUUCUGAACCCUUGACAGCACUUCCUGACUAUGACUUGGGGCUGCAUCCUGUCCAGGAGUGUGGCCUCUGGAGUAAGGGGUCCCUUCUUGGGGUGCUCAUUCCUGGUAUCCCAUGGAGGGUGGCCUGUGUCUCUGGUUAGUCAGACCAGUGGCUUAAUGGGGGCUGUGCAGGGCCCUGGGCCUGGUAUAGCUUAAUGGAAGAUGUCGGGACGAGUUCUUUCUGCUGAUCUUCAAUGAGAGGAAUUUUCAGUGUCUACACUUGCCAUCUGUUUUUCAGUGUUCUGACACAGUGCACACUGGUUUCCCAGGUGCUCACCGUGCCAGCAAAGCCCCCUGAAGCAUUUAAAAUGAAGAAGCAGGAUGCCCAGUCUUUGAAAAGCAGCCCUUAGGCCAGGCACGUGGCAUGUGCCUGGAACCCCACAGCACUGAGGAGGCAGGACAACUGCAAAUUUGAGACCAGCUGGGCAACUUGGUGACAACCUUUCUCAAAACUUAAAAAAAAAAAAAAAAAGUGGGGGGAAGAGGGAGAGGCUGUGAAUGUAGCUCAGUGAUAGAGCACUUGCCUAGCACAUACGCAAGACCCUGGGUUCUUGCCCCAGGACUGGGAAGGAAAAACAGACAAUUCAUUCUCAAACUCAAGGUGAUACUCUUCCUCCUUAGCAAAUUAUAUUGGCCAGUUUACGGGAGCAGACUUUGGUUACAAGGACGUUAUUCUAACUAGAGCACACAGAAUUCCUGAGGAGUAAGUCAGUAGCAGGCCUCUCUUGAGAAGAGUGGCCUGUGGGAGACUGGGUUGGGCGCUUUGUAUUUUAUUUUUUAAAUUACCUCCUAUAAAGUUAAGUUUGCAUCUGUUGAACCUGUGAUUGUAUGAGGUCCAGAAUCUCAGGACACUCCCUGCCCUGCAGCGCGCUCAUGUGGCUCCAGGUGUUGGCAGCACUGUUGGUGGGAAUAAGCAUGGGCAGUACUGCCAACUUCCAACUCCCCAUCUGAACUCAACUGCGUCACUUACAGGUCAUGCCUUGGGCAACACUAGAGAGCAGUGGGGAUGGCAGUUACAAGAUGACAGAAAGGUUCUAAGAGGGUGGGUCUUGCCCAUCUCUACCCGGGAAACACAUCUGUGCACCUUACACAGUUGCCUGUUUUUCUGUUCUUGCAGUUUGUCAGUAUGAAUGUGUUGAUCCUUGUUCCCAGGUGCUCAGUGGUGGUGGGGCCUGGACUUCCUGUGUGCUAGGCUAUUUAGAUGAGGGUUGGAUGAGGAAGUGAAACAGCACCAGAGAAAAGUCAAGUUUUUUGGCAUUCAAGUACUUUAAGAAAUGAUGUGAUUAACUGGAGGUUUAGCUCCUGGACUGUGUGCAAAUGAGGACCAUAUUCUAGGGUUGGAGGGAGCCUGGAUCCCUAAGGAAGGUGAGGGGAAAAUACCACUAUUUUAGCCCUCGAGGUCCUGCUUAAGUCCUACCACUGGUAGUGGCCAGCUUCAGGGGACCCUUUUGGGCUUUGAGCACACCUUGACUGGUUUCCCACAUCUUUUUGGCCUUACGUUGAAGUGGUGUUUUCUUUAAGGGUCACAUCCACAUCACCCAAGUUCUUGCUGCCUUUGAGUGCAGUGUGGUUUCUGUCUCUUGCCAGAGUGCUUUAGGAAAGUUAACCUAAAGCUAACAGUCAUUUACCAAAAUCUCAACCAAACAUUUGGGCUCCAGCUUUCACAGGCUUUUCACCCUUGGUAGUAAAGUACUUUGUGAAAGUUUGCAUCUGGUGAAUUGAGACCAGAAUGUGCCCAAUUCCUGAGCUGAUUUGCCAUGGAACCUGGCCGCCCCUCUCUUAAUGAGUGCACAGUGACUUGGGGAGAGACGACAGACACACACUGUCACUUCUUGGUUAAGUGGACUCUUUUCCAGAAGUAUCUCAAAUAAUGUUGGGUUAAGGUAGUUAUGUGUUAAAAUUUGUGGAGGUCAUUACACUUACUAUGAUAGGACAGAAGAGAUGUAGAAAAAAGACCAAAUUUCUUAAGUCAAUACCACUGGUUACAUUACUCCUAAAAGUGAUUAAUACAGAAGUUAAUCCUCCUAAUUUGAAGUUUGUGUGUAGUGAGGGAGUUGCAUUGUUUGUCUAACCUCUGACAUCGGUUGCGCCUGCAGUUUUGGUUUUUGGUGUUUAUACUGAAGUUUGGGUGUGAUCGCCCAUGUUACGCUGUUGAGAGCUGGUUCUCUAGCUUGCAUUAGAUGUGGACUCUGUAUGGGGCAGUCAGAAGAGCUGCCAGGGUGUGACAGUGGAACCACAGCAUCCCCACCACACACUUGGUUCUAGGGGCAGCCAUGGCACUGGACUGAGAACUAAGGACUAGCUGGUGCCUUUCCCCUGGGGGAAGCCCUAAGGCCUGUAGGGGCACUUCCUGCAGGGCCUUGGGCUCUGCUCAGCUGCUGUGGCUGGCAGUUAGUGCCCAGCAUCUAUGGAUCUGCCUUCUGGGACCUGGUCUCAAUGGAGGGUAUAAGCUGCUUGCCUGCUUUCCACUAUAAACAGCUUGAUGUGCAUUGAAACUGUCCUCCGACUCCUGCUUUUCUCCUAGCUAGAGGGCCCUAGGACCAUCUCCGUCUGCUGGGUAGAGGCCCUGCCUCUUCCCUUACCCAACCUCCAGUCUCCAGGUUAUGCAGCUCUUUGAAAAUGUCAAUUUUUAUAGACACAGGGUUUGUUUGGGUCUUUUGUACACAGGUUUUGGACCUUCUCAUUCUGUGCCUCCCACCAGUGUGCACAGCCCUGGUCCCUUUGGCGACACUGUGCAUAUCCAGAGUUACAGGCCUAGAUGACUGAAUGAAUGUACGUGUGUUUAUAUCUUCUCUGUACAGUGUAUAUAGUGUGUACAUAGGUGUAUAUUAUGUAUACAGACAUGUAGCCACGUACCCAAACUUCCCUAUGUUGUCAGGACAGUUUAUGGGUACAUUGCUAAUGGAAAUGUGGGUGUUCCAAGGUCUCGACUGGAGAGGUGUGCUGGUCAGUUUCAUAAUUGCAUUUCCCUGAGGAGUGGAGAGUACCUGGGAAGGGCUAGGCAGUCAGUGGCCCCUCUGCACAAGGAAGCCUCCAGCCAGAAAAGGCUGUGAUAGGCAGGCCAUUCUCUGUACUGUCCAGGUUCACAAGGCCAGGAAGCUGGGCGACAGCUUGUCCUAACAUCCAAAACUAAGUGGUUACUUCACCCUGCUUUGGAACUCGGUGGUGGAAGCUGUCAGCCUUCUCCACAGCUCUGAGCUCUUGCAUGGUCUACAGGUAGGCAGUGUCAGGACGUGGGCUGGCCCAGGUGUAGAAGCAUCUCCCAGAGGUGCUGCGGUCGCCCAUGCUCACUCUGUGCUCAGUGCACACGACUUGGCACUGUCUUUGACCAACAGACUUUCCCGUCUAAUGCCAGGUGAAGACCAUUGGCCUUCCCAGCAUUCUUUAAGUGUGAGUGCUAACUUUGUGGCAUGGAAAGUAAAAUUAUUCCUCUACCUGGAAGCAGGCAACUGAAAUCCACUCAACUCUUUCUAUUAUGAUUUAGAUUUUAAUGUGGAUAUGCCCUUAAAACUACAGAUGCCAAAUUUUCCUUAUCCACCAGAUCUAUCUGAUGAAAUGUGUACCCGUAACAAGGCUGUAAGCUGAGCCAGGGUGCUCGGGCCUGCGCAAGGGAAGCACCGGACGAUGGCAGAAACUCACAUCACCAUUUUUGCUUUUUAUUCUGAAAUAAGCUAUGAAAAUGUUUGAAAACACUUUCUGAGCCCAUAGUCCCCAGUGCCUUUUGUGAGACGUGGGCAUUCACCUUUCUGCUUCUGCUGCAUCCCUGCCCUCACCCACCGUGAUUGUUCGACCUUGCCUUGCCUGUUGUGACAAUCACACUACUGAACGUUGCUUUCCAGUUAAAAUACACAUGGAUGUCUGACAGCAACAACCUGUAAGCUUAAAAAGUACCGAGGGGGGAAAUGCCAGAUGUUUUUAUUUUCAGUUAAAAAGCCAGUAAUUUUGUUGUCUAUUCAUUAAACAUUGAAAAAAAAAUGUUUAGCGACACUUAACAGGUUGCAGACUGUGUUAGUUCAGUGUUUGAGUAACAGUUGGGUGUGGUAGACUUUACAUCCAUCAAAAGUGUCACCAGUUACCAUUUUAACGACCCUAGCAGGCACGGGCUCUCAAUGCUGCUCCAUCUACAACUCAAGUGCUGGAAUAUUUUUCUACAGUCUCCAUUUUCCCAAUGAUCUUGUAAAUCAGUGUUCAACUAGUUUUAUAACUGAAAAGCUGUACAUUUUUCAUAGCACCAACCGUAGUUUGACCUACAGUUCAGAUUUCUGUUAAAAUGUGGCUGUGUUAACAGCCAUUUUAAAAACAUGUCUGUUAAAGGAAAAUCGGGUGAGGUUUUCUUGGGACCGUUUUCUGUAACCUCUGCCCUUCACAACAUAGAAAGUAGUGCCCAUGCCACCUUUCAAUUCCAGGUUUAAAACCUUUUGAAAGCUGUGACUUUACAGCUCUUCCCCCCCAUGUGAAAUCAGCUUUGUUAUGUGAUGGCAUUUAAAAAAAAUAGCAUGUUCUUUUUAAACUGAGUUUUGUAUCUGAUCAGUGUCUUCAGUCUUGAAGAGGAAUUUGCAUUGUUGUUUGUAUAUAGAGUGUUGCAGUGCAUGGGUAGCUUUAUGCAUUUUAUUAAAUGCUGUUUCAAUGUG